CUCAACAUUGCUCCCUGGCGGCGGCGGUGCGGAGAUGGAGCUCCCGCUCAGGCAGUCGCGUCGGGCAGCCUCCGGCGUGGAGGCUGGCGGCGGGGUCCUGGUACGGCUGUCAGAGGGGCCGGGCUCUGGCGGAGCGGCGGCGGCCGGCGGCUCCGGGGCGAAGAUGGCGGACGUGCUGAGCGUGCUGCGGCAGUACAACACGCAGAAGAAGGAGAUCGUCGUGAAGGGCGACGAGGUGAUCUUCGGCGAGUUCUCCUGGCCCAAGAAUGUCAAGACUAACUAUGUCAUCUGGGGGACAGGAAAAGAGGGCCAGCCCAGGGAAUACUACACUUUGGAUUCCAUCUUGUUCCUGCUCAAUAAUGUGCACCUUUCUCAUCCAGUUUAUGUCCGCCGUGCUGCGACUGAAAACAUUCUUGUGGUGACAAGACCUGAUAGGAAAGACUUGCUUGCGUACCUAAACGGGGAAACAUCAACCUCAUCAAGUAUAGACAGAAGUGCUCCACUUGAAAUUGGUCUGCAAAGGUCCACUCAAGUUAAAAGAGCAGCGGAUGAAAUAUUAGCAGAAGCAAAGAAACCAAGAAUAGAGGAUGAAGAGUGUGUACGCCUUGACAAGGAGCGGUUGGCAGCUCGAUUGGAAGGACACAAAGAAGGGAUCGUGCAGACGGAGCAGAUCAGGUCCUUGUCUGAAGCCAUGUCAGUGGAAAAAAUUGCUGCCAUCAAAGCAAAAAUUAUGGCAAAGAAAAGAUCCACUAUCAAAACUGACCUGGAUGAUGACAUAACUGCUCUUAAACAGAGAAGUUUUGUUGAUGCUGAAGUGGAUGUAACCAGAGAUAUUGUCAGCAGGGAGAGAGUAUGGAGGACAAGAACUACAAUCUUACAAAGCACAGGCAAGAACUUUGCCAAGAAUAUUUUUGCAAUUCUUCAAUCAGUGAAAGCCAGAGAAGAAGGCCGAGCACCUGAGCAAAGACCCGCACCAAAUACAGCACCAACGGAUCCCACUUUACGAAAUAAGCAACCUAUUCCAGCCGCCUACAACAGAUACGAUCAGGAAAGAUUCAAAGGCAAAGAGGAAACGGAAGGCUUUAAAAUUGAUACCAUGGGCACCUAUCACGGGAUGACUCUGAAGUCUGUAACGGAAGGUGCUUCUGCUCGAAAAACACAGACUCCAGCAGCACAGCCUGUACCACGACCAGUUUCUCAAGCAAGACCACCUCCAAACCAGAAAAAAGGAUCUCGAACUCCAAUAAUCAUUAUUCCAGCAGCCACCACCUCUUUAAUAACGAUGCUUAAUGCAAAGGACCUUCUGCAAGAUCUGAAGUUUGUGCCAUCAGAUGAAAAGAAGAAACAAGGCUGUCAACGGGAGAAUGAAACUCUAAUACAGAGAAGGAAGGACCAGAUACAGCCUGGGGGAACUACAGUCAGCGUUACUGUACCUUAUCGAGUAGUAGACCAACCUCUAAAACUUAUGCCACAGGACUGGGAUCGUGUGGUGGCAGUGUUUGUACAAGGUCCUGCUUGGCAGUUCAAAGGCUGGCCUUGGCUCUUGCCUGACGGAUCACCUGUUGAUAUCUUUGCAAAAAUUAAAGCUUUCCAUCUCAAAUACGAUGAAGUGCGUCUGGACCCAAAUGUACAGAAGUGGGAUGUAACAGUGUUAGAACUGAGCUACCACAAACGACACUUGGACAGGCCAGUAUUCCUGCGCUUCUGGGAAACUCUGGACAGGUAUAUGGUGAAGCACAAAUCUCACUUGAGAUUCUAAGUCCUUCAGCUGCUGUUUAUUUCCUGAAGUAUGGAUUGAGGAAGAGGAAAGGGGAUCCAGUCUGGAGACCAGAUCUCGCACUAUAUGAUCUCUCAAGAACUUUGCAAAUGAAGAAGGGUCACAGUUGAAACUUUUUAUAAAAUCUUGUUAGGAUGCUUCACGCUAUGGCAGGUCAAGACCUGUUGUGAUUCAGAAGCAAAAGGGUUUUGCUUAAAACUAUUUUUUUAAUGUUGUUAGCCUUCUAGUCUGCAAUCCAAAUUGUAUAUUUUGAUAGCAGCAGUUUCUUCUCUGUUUUGUUAAAUUAGCCACAUUUUUAAACACUGUGUUUUUGUUCCUUACUAGAAAAUAGAUUGAUCUUCACUGCAGGUUCAAAGGAUGUGUGUGCGUGUGCGCCCGGGCGCACGUCUGCGUGUGUAUAUGUGUGUGUGUGUGUGUCUAUACAUAUAAAAAUGUAUAAAAAGAAACCCCUUAUAGACACACUUAGACACACAUAGAUGUUACCAGGCUUUCUAAACCACUUAGCUUCUGGCUUAGUUUGGGUUUUUCUUUGCUUAUCGUUUCACUUACGGAAAAUACUGCGUUGUGAAUGAUACUACAUUUUAGUCACUAGGCCUCGCAAACUGAGCAAAGUGAAAAGUUGUUUUGGAUAAAUCAGAAUGUCGACCUGUAUGUGUAUAUUCUGUCAGUCUUUGCUGAAAAAGGGAAGAUGGAAAGGCAAAAAAAAAAGAAGCUAGGAACACUUCUUUUGGAUUCGUAAUGUCCCGGGUUACGAAAUCUUUAUGGUAGGGAUGCAUUCAAGUCAUGUUAACUUUAAAUUGCAGGUCUCCAUACAGGUCUCCUUAUUUAAGCUGAAAGUGUGCAUGUGUACAUUCCCAUCUAUCAAAAUACCUAAAUGUUAAUCUAGAUUAAACAAUGAACAGACAAGGAGAGAGUUUGGAUUUUUUUUUUUCUCCAGGUGAAAACACCACAAAGAAUGAAUUACAAACUCUUUGCAUUUAUACCUCUGAUGCCAUCUCUAAGAAUACUUUAUUGUGAGGAAACUAGCCCAGGCUGUGUCUGCAAGAGCUGUAAGUUUCUGUGAUGAGUGGCUAACGUGGCCUCCUAUCAGUCCUACGCUGGAAUGGAAAAUGAGCCUCCUCCAGUUACCAAAGAACACAUUUUUUGAUCUACAGUAUAUCUGAGGCUGGAUGACCCUGGUAGUUGUAUGACUUUCUGAUAUCUCUGUAUCUAUUUAAUAAGCUAAGUUGAUGUUGCAUACCAGUGAAUGUUGAGAACAACCCAAGUAUUGUAACACCUGCAUGAUUAUUUUUUUCCUGCGAUAGAGAAUACCUGUUUAUACUCCUGUUCUUGAAAUUCCAAACUAUGGGGGUUUUAAUAGACUUUACACUUAAGGUUUGACAAGAGUAAAAUAUUCUGCCUGUUCUGUUUUAGUUUUUGCUUUUUUUUUAUAUUUGAUGUUCCCUUCAUUUUUAAUAAAAACAGAAGGCACAUCAUUGGAGGUUCUCUGUAAAACUAUGUCUUAAAUUUAAAGAGGGCUGUGAGGUCUUGAUUUUAGUUAUGUUUCCAUCUCUGUUACGUCAAAACUGCUAUUUUUUAAUGUUUUGAUGGGUUUUUUAAUGGAAACAUAAAACAUCAACAAAAAUGAAAAAGUAACAAGUAAACUACCAAACAAAAAACCCCAGUGGCUCCAAGAUUAGGAGUUGACACUGGAUUUUUAAGAGGGUUCUCUAAAGAGAUUUAGAAGAGCAGGCAAUAUAGGUUUCCUCUUUGGGCAAGUACCAAAUGUCUGUGCUUAUUACAAAGGUAUCCACAUCGUGCAUGAGUGAGCUAAAACAUUCAAGACUUUGUUUUGACCUUUACUAUGAUUGGAAAAGCUGUAAUGGCUACCAACACAGCAGCCAUAACUACUGCUUUAAAGAGUGACAUAUCAGUUGUGUGUUUUUAACUCUCAGACAUUUCCAAUUACAAAUACAUUUUUUAUCAGGCUUGAUCAGUACUUGCUGGUCCAUCCAAUUACAAAAAGACUUCACCAAUGGGCAAUGACCUGAAAAAGCAGAUUCUGAAGAAAUGUGUGCUUCACACACGCUGUGAUAUACAGACUGUAUAGUGGUCUUUAAAUGGUCAAGGUCCAUUUCUCUCUUCUGUCUUGCAUUUCACUUGUGUUUUAAGUGCGUGUGUAAUCCCAGGUCCAAUACUGUAUACAGCUGACGACUUGGUUUAGGAGUUAACGUAUGUACGUAUUGGGAGUAACUCCUCUGAAACUAGUGAAGUUACAUGGAUGUGGAACUGGCAGAAGAGCAAAAUCCAUGAAAGCUUUGUAUGGACUGUGCCAUUUUUUUAAAGGGGUUGAGCAUAGACCUUUAACGUCUUCAGAUUUUAUACUUGCCAGUGAUUUACGUCACAAGUUGUAAAGUAUGUGUUUGUGAAGGAGCUGGCACCUGAUCCUGCAUAUUUCUGUCAGUCAUAAAAGUAGUGAUGUUUAUAAAAUGAGCCAUUUUGCAAUCAGAUUCCUGCUGACAUUAUUGGAAGUUUAAUUAGGUUGUCAGAAUAGCAUUCCUGCUGCCUUCAUAAAUAACUGCACAUAGAUUAUGAAACUACUUGGACUUUAAAAUUUAGCCUUACAGCAGCAUUUUGCAGCACAGCUGGAAUGUGAGACACUUAUGUUAUGCUUAAUUUAUCUACAAGUUAAUGUAGAGUAAUAAAGGAAACUGAUACUUAAAACUGGGGAAGCUGGAGGAUCAGACAUCUGUUGUAGUGAGCUGCUUUCUUAUUGUUGAGCAAAUUUGACGCACUACUUAGAGGUGUAUAAAAUGUGUAAAUUGUACUCAAUUAAAAUGUAUAACUAAAA